AUGGCAUUCCCCCAGGAUAUUCGACAAGCCUCGGUGAUUGCCUAUUGUCAAAAUCCGUUACCCGAUAAUAUUCUUAGUCGAUACGGAAAACGUGUCAUCAGAAUAUCUGAUCAGCAAGUGGUGAAGUGGGGCCCAGAUGUAACGAUUGAAGAAGCUGAAAACCAGAGGAUAGCAUAUGAACUUGUGGAUAGUCGCAUAGUUCGUAUUCCACGUGUGUAUGAUUUCUUUUGUGAUGAACAAGGCCGGGGUUAUAUUGUGAUGGAGUUGAUAAACGGAAAGGUAAUUGACCCAUUGGAAGAAUUAGGCGCCGUCGAAAAGGUUGCAGGCGUGCUUGACUAUUUUGCAACACUACAGCGUGCCACUCCUGGAUCUUUAUGUAAAGGGCCUUGCCGUGGGCUACUAUUCCCUGACACUGAAGAUCUGGUAUUCAAGAGCCCCGACGAGAUGGAAAAGUGGUUUAAUAGCCGGCUGCUCUCGCACAAUCCGAAAUUGUCGUUUCAGGGCUGUGACUUUGUUCUCUGCCACUUGGAUUUAGCACCUCGAAACAUCUUGUGGCAGGAAGAUGGGUCUCUCUGCCUUAUUGAUUGGGCAUCUGCCGGCUACUAUCCAAGGUUAUUUGAGUUCUGUGUGCAGUGGAUUAUUGAAGGAAAGGACGGCAGGUUUAAUUCCCUUCUCUUAGCCAAGAUGAACCCUUUAUCCGCUCAAGAGAUGGCGCAAAAAGAGUCCAUUAUGUGUUUUUGGAGAAAUAUCCAGAAGUAUCCUUUGUAA